CGCACGGUCCCGCUCAUGGUGAACCCCACAGCGGCUUCGCCGAAGCGCGUCGUCAUCGUUGGCUCCGGCGUCACCGGGCUGGUGGCCGCGCGCACCCUGUCCAAGUACUCCGACUGCCACGUCACGCUCGUGGAAGCGGCCGACCGUGUCGGGGGCCACGCGUACACGAUUGACGGCCCGUCCGGCGAGCGCAUGGACAUUGGGUUCAUGGUCAUGAACGACCUCACGUACCCAAACUUGAUCAAACUGUUUGCAGAAGUAGGCGCCGCCGUCGAGCCGUCCGACAUGUCGUUUUCGGUCUUCGACGACACUGACUCGUGGUCAUUCCAGAGCUCGUGGAGCUGGACGCUGGACAACAUCUUCCGCCCCAGACUGUGGCACUUUGUCCGCGCCCACCGAGAAUUUGCCACGCGAGGGCUGGCCUUCCUUGCUGACGAAACGCCCCGCACGACGAGCACGCGCGAAUUCGCCGCGGGACUCAACCCGCGCUUCGUGGACAAAUGGCUUGUUCCGUUCAUAUCUGCGGUCUGGAGCACGUCUGCCGACGGCGCCAUGGACUUCCCGAUCCAGCCCUUGCUCAAGUUCAUGCACCACCACAUGUUCCUCACGCUGGAGACGGUCAAGUGGACGACGCCCGCCGGUCGUUCAGAAUCUUACGUCCAAAAAGUGCUAGACAUGUGCCCGCAGCUCGUCGUCCGGACGUCUUCGCCCGCCGCCAGGAUCGACGUCGCCAACAAGCGCCUCGUGCUCAAGUCUGGGGAAGAGCUCCCGUACGACGCGCUGAUUCUAACGUGCAGCGCGCCACAAGCCGCCGCCCUCGAGCCGCCGAUCUCCACCCGCGCGUGGCUAUCCCAAUUCAGUACGCUCUCGUCGCGCAUUGCGUGUCACACGAGCGGCGCGGGCAUGCCUCCCGUCCAUAACGACAGGUCGUCUUGGAACGUGUCUAGCACUCCCGCCGCCGGCCCCCAGGUCACAUACUGGAUCUCUCGCCUCCAGUCGCUCGAGAAUAAGUCUGUGUACUUGUCAUUGAACCCGGCGACGACGCCCGACGGCACGUUCUUCGAAACAGACCUCGCCCAUCCCGUCAUGAACGCGUCCGCGUACCAAGGGCAGCUGGACGAAUCCAAAUUCCAGGGCCACGAAGGCGUCUACUUUGCUGGCGCGUGGCUGCGCAAUGGCUUUCACGAAGACGGCGCUGUAUCUGGUCUCAUGGCGGCCCGCCGUGCGAUCGGCCGCGAGGACAUUCCCAUCGAGUUUCCGACAUUGGCGGGGCUGCCAGCCGCCCCUGUCGUCGGCUCCAGCUACCACGCGCGCUUCUUGCCGGCCAAGCACGCGUAUGCCAUUCACUACGACAUGCACUUGCAUCGGUUCGACACGCGCAGUCCGCCCAAAAACUUUUGUCGCACCGACCACUUUGGCGACCCGUCUGUGCCACUCGACACAUGCGUGCGCCGGGAGCUCGCGACGCGCCUCAACUACUGGCCUCUCGGAAAGAUCGAAGCCGUGGCCAACCUCCGCUACCUUGGGCUCGGGUUCAACCCGAUCACACCCUACUUUUGCCACGACGAAAUUGGGACACUCCAAGCGCUCCUCCUCGAGGUCCACAACACCCCGUGGAACGAACGAUGCCUGUACGCCAUGCGCGUCCGCCCCAAUGACGUCCUCGAGCCGGCGGUCCAGCCCAAGGCGAUGCACGUGUCGCCUUUCAACACACCGCCGUCCGCGAUCGACCAGCCUGCCGCCGAGUACGAAUUCAAGCUCGUCGGCAAGUCCAGCAUCACUGUUACGUUGCGCGAACAAGUUUCCAAGGCCGUCAUCAUGACUGCGUCGUGGAAAGUCGACUACACCAAGUCCCAUGACGUGCACACGGGAUCGUGGCGUACUGUGAUCCAGAUCUACUAUCAAGCUGUCGCGCUCUUGGUCGGUGGCCUCGCCAUGCAAUCGUACGAAGCCCAGCCCAAGACGGCGUGGACGUCGCCGUUGAUUCUGUUCCCGACCGUCGCGUUUGGUGCAGUCGUGGCGGUUCAAUACAGUCAAGGGCUGCUCCUGUCUUCGGUGCUCUUUGCGCUGUUGACGCCGCUGGUCGCCCUCCAUCAUCGAUACCACGGUGCGAUGCUUCCGUACUCGAUCCUUGCGGUCGUUGUCGGUGCGAUUGCAUUCACCCAUGCUGCUCUCCACUCGACGUCGUCGUUUGGCACGCACGGCGGCGUCGCCGCGAUUGCAGCGCUCGCAGCGUCGCAUUUCACGACCCCGGACCACUUCACGUGUUUGCGGGUUUUGAGUUAUGCGAAUGCAGCCAUUGCCGUUGUCGGCGAAUCCGUUCUCCCACACUGGGCUCAUCUGUGCGCAGCCUACAUGAGCGUGUUAUUCUUCUGGACGAGCCGCGAGUCGACGUCGAAUGGCGUCGGCUGGGCAGUCACCGGGAUUCAAGCAAUCUCGGCCAUGCGCCUGGCGUCCGAAGCGCUCGUGGACCCUCGAGCGUCGCCCCUCGUCGAGUCCUUGCACGGUCUCCUCGCCACGCAUUUGCUCUACGGCCUCUUGGCGCCGUCGUCCAACUGGGAGUUUUACCUUCACGCGAUCGUGGUCUGUUUCAUUGGUGUGCUGCAUCCAUGGGAGCCCACGUUGUUCUCGUGGCCGUUCUUGACCGGCUUGAUUGGCCUCCAGGUCUUCAUCUCCACAGCUUAUGCGUACUUGUCGCGCUCGUCCAACUUUCUGGCGUGUCGAGAUCGUUUCGUCACGCGUGGCAUGCAGCUGGCGCUGUCGGCGGCCACCAACGGACAGCUCUACCUCACCCAAGACGAGAACGAUCCGAUUCCCGCCGCCGCCGACCCCGCCGCGCCCGUGGCCGUUCUCGUUGUGAACAAGCCGUUUGCGUUUUUCGAAGCCCUCCUUUCGAACGGCGAGCUCGGCCUCGGUGAAGCAUUUGUGCGCAACGAGUGGGCCGUAGGUCCCAACACGUCCCUGGUCCAAGUGCUGUCGACGCUGGCUGGAGCGAACCUUCAAGAGAACUGGCUCGUCCUCGCCCUCCCGUACCUUUCGCCGUCGUUCUACUUUCGCCGCGCGGCCUUUCUCCUGCGCUUUGGCGCGCUCGACCGCACGCAGAGCGCCAACUCGAUCGCAGAGCACUAUGACGACGGCAACGCUCUCUUUCGCGCGUUCCUUGGAGACGAUAUGGUGUACACCAGUGCUUCGUGGGAUGGUUUGCCCCCAAAUACGCCGCUCGCCGAAGCCCAGCGCCACAAAGUCCAACGCAUUUUGGAUCUUACCCUCGCCAAACCCGGCGAGAAACUCGUGGAUAUUGGAUCUGGGUGGGGCUACCUCGUGCAUGCGGCUCGCAAGGCUGGCAUCGACGCCACGGGGCUGUGCAAUUGCCGCAGUAUGGUCGGUGCUGCCCGUGCUCGGUACGGCGACUCGAACUUUGCCUUGCAGGACUAUCGAGACAUCCCUGCCACCCACGAUCACGCUGCAGUCACGGCUGUCGAGAUGAUUGAAGCUGUCCCGGCCGCUCAUUACUCGGACUUUGCCGCCGCAUGCGACCGUGCGCUCAAACCCGGUGGCCGCGUCGUCAUGCAAGUCAUCCAUGCGUACGCGUUCAACAACCCUGUGGCCCGCAGUCGGUCGCCGACUCCACUCGGGACGUUCGUCACAACGCACAUCUUUCCCGGCCAGCAGGUCCCCAACUUGGACUUUCUUCAUGAAGCCUUCAUCGAACACAAGUUUAAGCGAGUGUUCACCGAGACUCGAUCCCAUGACUACGCCGACACACUCAAGCUGUGGGCCGACAACCUGGACGCUGCCCGCCACACGCUGCCGCCGACCGUGUACCGCAAGUACAAGUACUACCUGAACUGGUGCGAGGUCGGGUUCCGCAUCGAGAAGCUCCAUUUGUCCCGAGUAGUGUUCGAGAAGCCUGUCGCGACGGCAGUCAAGCCGGCCAAGGCCAAGAUGCUGUAAGCGGCGCUGGGGGUGUUGACAGUCGAGCUAGUCUAAAUAUCGGUCCGUUGUCCCGUGUGUUCAUCUUGACAGGAGUGCCACGAGCCAUGGACUGUAAGCGCAGCGGACGCGAUGACCUCAAAGUAGCAGUAGCGAAAGUACGCCAUUGUGACGUAGCGCCGAUUAUCGUGAUGUGACUGCGGAUGAGCCGAACGCGACAUGGGAUGCCGACGUGUGUGUGUGUGCCGCGAAGACAUGCCGAUGGAUGAAGGAAGGAUUAGUCUAGUUAGCGGGACAGCACAUUGAUCGUGUCCAACAAGUCAGUGAAGGCAAUGUCUUCUUUGAACUUCUUGGGACGCAUCUGGUUGUCUGCGUU